AUGGUAGCCGUUAACGGGAGCGACGCGAGCGACGCGGCUCUUCUCUUCGUUCUGAAGUCGAUACUCUCAGAUCAAGACAAACUGAUCGUAAUACAUGUCAGACCUACAGAUAAGGACCUUACAUCGCUUUACAGUGGCUUCGCGGAUCCAGCGGCGGAGAUUAAGUCCCACCAUGCGUUCAUCCGCGACACAAUCAACGUCGCCGCAAAGACCAUACACUCACUAGGUUUCCCCGCGGCGCGCGUCAAGGUGGAGGAGGGCGAUCCGAGGAAGGUUAUACCCAAGGUCGCCGAAGCAGAGAAAGCUGAUUUACUCGUUCUUGGAUCACAGGGGAAACGAACCUUACAUUAUAUGCUGGCGGGUGAUGUGGCAUCUCAUUUCCUAAAUGGAGCAGCAGCGGAGCGCUACAAGCUUCCAAUGGUCGUCAAUUCCCUCCCGUCCGAUCAAUCCACGGACUCCGUCCCGGGGAAACGGCGACCGAAUCUCGUGACCGGGCUUCAUGGUGUGAAGGUCCUGUACGGCCGGUUUCAAAGCUCCAUCGAUUUCGAUGGCCAGAGGCACACGCUGGGGACGUGGGACGACCCGAUGGAGGCUGCGAAGGGAUACGCCGCCGCGGCGUAUAUGAUUGUCCACCUGGGCGUGCGCGCCGUGUCGGCUAUCCUGACGGAGGAGGAGCAGGCGUGCUUGAAGCGAAUGUCGCACGACGAUUUUAUAACGAUUCUUAAGUUCCCCGGCGCGUGGAAGCAGUGGCAGAGGUGGGAGGAGCUCAUGCCGCGGUGGCGCGCGCACUACGAGAACCUCGCGCGCAAGCACGGGGAGAUGGACACCGUGCGCAUCGGGCGGAAGAAGCGCAAGGGGAAGGAGCAAGCCAUUGCGACUGUGGGGAAAUUUACAGCCGCCGCCGCGAUGAACGGCUUGCAGACGCCUAUGUUCGCCCUGGACCCAGCCAUGCACGUGGAGCAGGGGAUGGGGGGGGAGGCGGUUGGGGUAGGAGGGGGUGGGGUAGUGGGAGGAGUGGGGGGGAUGGUAGGGAUUGGAGGGGUUGGAGGGGGAGAAGUUGCAGGGGUGGGAGGGAUGGGUGGUGUUGGGGAGCCUGGAGUAUUGGAGAAUGGGUAUGCUGGAGGGGAGGGGGAAGAGGAGACUGGUAGCAGCAUUGAGGGAGGGCAAGCUUCAAGGAAGAGGGCAAGAGGACGAGAGGUGCUGGGGUGCAACAAGCAGGCGGUGACGACACUGGGAGUGGCCAAGGACGUGGCAUACGUGUGCUUUGAGAUGCCUUCUCUCCGUGAGGUGCUGGGGUACAACCAGCAGGCCGUGACAACGCUGGGGGUGGCCAAGGACGUGGGCGACAACAUGGGGCUGCUGGCGGGGCUGCUCGCUGACAUGGUGCCGCCAUGGCUCGUCAUUGCCGUCGGCACACUGCUGCCUCUAUUCCCCCACCGCACCGCACCUACCUGCGCGCAUCCAGAUGCCUCUGCCCCUCGCUGCCUCGUGUGCCCCUCUCUGCCCAUGCGACCGUCUGUCCUGUGUGAUCCCCCUCUUCCUCGUGUGCCCCCCUCUCCCCUCGCCUGGCAGGGCUUCGUGGGGUACGGCGGCCUGUGGCUCGUGCUCAGUCAACGGAUAGCCGCGCCACCCUUCUGGCAGGUCAUCAACCCACACUCAGCCGCACUCCACCACUCUUCGCCACUGCAGGUGUGGUGCCUGCUGUGCUGCGCCACCAACGGGUCCAUCUACUUCAUCACAGCCGGCCUCGUCUCCUCACAGCUCAACUUCCCGCACUCGGGGGGCGUAGUGGCGGGGAUUGUCGUGGGCUUCAUUGGCCUCUCAGGCGCCAUCUUUGCACAGGUUCUGCUGGGGGGGCAGGGGGAUGGGAGGUACUAUGGGCCGGGAGGGAUCUACUCUGCGUUGCUCGCACCCAACCCUCCGGCGUUUCUGCUGCUGGCGUGCAUUGGCCCCGCUGCUGUGGGCAUCCUCAGCCUCUUCAUCCCCGAAUGGGCCAGGGGGGCAUUCAAGCUGAUUGUAUAUCCUCGCCCAUAUGCCCCCCUGUCCCCUGGUAUGCCCCCCUGUCCCCUGGUAUGCCCCCCUGUCCCCUGGUAUGCCCCCCUGUCCCCUGGUAUGCCCCCCUGUCCCCUGGUAUGCCCCCCUGUCCCCUGGUAUGCCCCCCUGUCCCUUGGUAUGCCCCCCUGUCCCCUGGUAUGCCCCCCUGUCCCCUGGUAUGCCCCCCUGUCCCCUGGUAUGCCCCCCUGUCCCCUGGUAUGCCCCCCUGUCCCCUGGUAUGCCCCCCUGUCCCCUGGUAUGCCCCCCUGUCCCCUGGUAUGCCCCCCUGUCCCCUGGUAUGCCCCCCUGUCCCCUGGUAUGCCCCCCUGUCCCCUGGUAUGCCCCCCUGUCCCCUGGUAUGCCCCCCUGUCCCCUGGUAUGCCCCCCUGUCCCCUGGUAUGCCCCCCUGUCCCCUGGUAUGCCCCCCUGUCCCCUGGUAUGCCCCCCUGUCCCCUGGUAUGCCCCCCUGUCCCCUGGUAUGCCCCCCUGUCCCCUGGUAUGCCCCUCUGUCCCCUGGUAUGCCCCCCCUGUCCCCUGGUAUGCCCCCCUGUCCCCUGGUAUGCCCCCCCUGUCCCCUGGUAUGCCCCCCUGUCCCCUGGUAUGCCCCCCUGUCCCCUGGUAUGCCCCCCUGUCCCCUGGUAUGCCCCCCUGUCCCCCUGGUAUGCCCCCUGUUCCCCCAUCUGUCCCCCUAUCCACCCGUAUGCCCCUCUGCCCCCUCAUAUGUACCCCUGCCCCCUCAUAUGUCCCCCUGCCCCCUCAUAUGUCCCCCUGCCCCCUCAUAUGUCCCCCUGCCCCCUCAUAUGUCCCCCUGCCCCCUCAUAUGUCCCCCUGCCCCCUCAUAUGUCCCCUGCCCCCUCAUCCCCCCCAGCCCCCCGUACCCCCAAAGUCGCAGCAGAGGAGAGCGCAGGCUUCUCUCUCAUCCUGCGCCUCUGCAUGCUGCUUGCCGCCUUCCUCCUCCUCGUCAUCACCUCGCAGGCCUUCACCACCUUCUCACCGCACACCACCACUGCCAUUACCAUCACCAUGCUCCUCCUCCUCCUCGCCCCUGCUUCCGUGCUCCUCCCGUCCCGCUCCCCCUCUCCUUCCUCCGCCACCCCCUCGUCCUCUCCCUCCUCUCUGACUCACCCACACGCCCAGGGCUCUUCCGAUCUCUCCCAGCCUUUGCUCCAAUCGUCGCCAGCCACGUCAGCAGCAACAGGCACUCCUGGUGGCACCAGUCCCCGGGCAAGCGUGCUUCCACCAAUCAGAGAAGGGGAAACUCUCCAUGCCGCCAGUGCCCUCCCCCCAUCCUCCCCUCCACCCACUCACCCACCAGCAUUUUCUCUCUCACCCCACCAGUCCGCCUUCUCCCCUCUCAGCCACAGCAGAACCUCCCCCAAACCCACCUACCCUGAACGCACCUCCCCUUAUAACAGCCCGCCACCCCCUUCCAGCGGACGCACCUGCUCUUCUGCUCAGAACAUUUCAUCAUCUCCAGCAGGGGGAACAGGAGGAAGAGGAUUGAGGGGUGCGGGAGCCAUUUCGUUCGUAAGCCCUAAUAGCCAGAAGAGCCUCAGCAGCCUGACUGAGGAUGGUGACGUGGCAGGGGCGGCGAGUGUGGGUGGGGGGGAGGGGGAGGGCGGGGAGGACGAUUGGAGUUACUACUUUGGCGAGGAAGAGACGUCUGUUCAUGGUAAGAAUCUCUCGAGGGUGACUGGAAUCACCUCUCCUAAAGGGGGAUACAGCAGGGGCGGAGAUGAUGGGGAGGAGGAUGAGUGCAGGGAGGAGGAAGAGGAGGAGGAUGGGGAGGAGGGGGAGGAGGAGGAGGAGGAAGGCGAUGGGGCAGGAGACGAAGCAACCGAGCAAGCCCAUCCAGGGGGAACAACAGCAGCAAGGGGGGAGGUGUAUCUGGGGGAGGACCAUUCGUUCGGGCAGGCGCUAUCCACGGUGGAGUUCUGGCUGCUGUACGGGGGCCUGGUGUGUGGCUUUGGUGCGGGGCUGACGGCCAUCACGAACCUGGCACAGAUAGGCGAGGCGCAGGGGUACGGCAAUGCACAGGUGCUCACUUCGCUCGUCAGCAUCUGGCAGUUCCUUGGCCGCCUGGCCAGUGGAUCGCUGUCGGAGCACUUCGUCAGGGCACAUGGCAUGCCACGCCCCAUGGCUCUAGCAGCCAUCCAGCUGCUCAUGGCAGUGGGGCAUCUGGCCUUCGCCCUGGCCCCACCAGGAGGCGUGUACCUGGGCUCUCUCCUCAUAGGCUUCACGUAUGGCGGGCUGUGCUCCGUCAUGCCUGUCAUCGCAGCAGAGCUCUUCGGCCGUCGCUGCCUCGGCCUGCUUUACAACUCCCUGCUCGCCGCUGCUCCCCUCGGCUCCUACCUCUUCUCAGGUGUGCUGGCGGGGUACCUCUACGAGAUAGAGGCACGGAAAGACAGGGGAGUCACAGCAGGUCUAGAGGGAGCAGCAUCGCUGCUAGCACCCAGGCAAGAGUGGGCCUUAAAGCCAGGAAUGGGUGGCUGGUUUAGUGAUGCUGUGGGCAGUGCAGCGGGGGGUGGAGGAGGGGAGGGGCCCAAGGCGUGUCAUGGGGCGCACUGCUUCCGUCUCAUCUUCCUCAUCCUCACUGCCGUGUGUGUACUGGGCGCUGCUGUGAAUCUGCUUGUUGCUUCCCGCACUGCCCGUGUGUAUGGCCUUAUGAGACACACUGAGGCAGCGGGAGCAGAUGAAACUGAUGAAGCAGUGGGGAAAGAUGAUGAGAAGUAG